AUGGACGUGGAUGUGGAUGUGGAUGAGGAUGUGCAUGUGGACGUGGCCAAGAUGAGGUUGAGGAAGGGCAGCAGGUCCUGCAGUUGGACUUUGGCUGGCAUCUUGAUGGGCUGGCCAGUUUUAAAGCUAUACGCCGAGAUAGUUGAACAACAGCACAAGAUAAUCGCGAGGAUCUUUGCCAUUACUAUCCUGCUCUUGCACUUUUUGCACACAGCCAAAGGGGCUUCGCUUUUUGAUUCUUUAGCAGGCUCAUCAGGAACCAAUUUGGGCACCAACAUCCCCAUUAUAUCAAAUUUAUCGAAGGGUCUUUCAAGUCUUACCCCAGGAGAAAAAAACAUGAUAGCACUUUUAAACCCUAAUUUAUACCGGGCUCUACAAAUUUUAGAACCACUUUUACAAUUACUCAGUGGUUAGAAUCCUAUUUGAUUUUCUUUGUAAAUUCAAAAUAAUAAAUAAAUUUGGCCAGCAUAAAAUAA